GGAAAACAGUAAUCAGUAAAUAUGCACUUACAGGCACAGCCAAGCCAAGCCAAGGGAACGCAAGGUGGGCGAGAGAAAGCGAUGGAAAACGAGAGGGAAAGAGAAAGCCAGUACAGCGAGAAGCAGAUGUUGUAUAGAUAUUCCGAGAAAUAGAAACAAAAAAUAGAAUUACAACACGACCUCCUCGCUUUUUUACUAGGCUCUUUCAAGUCAAACUUUACGAACUCUGAUAUUUUCCUGAUUUUUUCCCCCUCUUUGUGGUUUGGUAGUGAUCCCGGAAUCGGAUGAUAUACCCGAUCGUCGGUGGCGAUCGGCGAUGCUCGUCGGCGGCUGUGCCGGUGGAGGAGGAUGGCGGUGGCGGAGUAGCUCAGGAGUCCUUUAGUGAGUCGGUGAUAGUUGAGACAAGUUCAGGAGGUGGAGGAUGAAGAAAGGAAAGAGUAAAAACAAUGGCUUGUUGCCAAAUUCCUUGAGGAUCAUCUCUUCUUGCCUCAAAACUGUUUCCACUAAUGCUAGCACCGUUGCUUCAACGGUUAGGUCUGCUGGCGCCUCCGUUGCUGCUUCGAUUUCAACUUCUACUGAGGAUCACAAAGAUCAGGUAACCUGGGCUGGCUUUGACAGGUUGGAGUUAGGUCCAUCUGUCUUCAAGCAUGUACUCUUACUUGGUUAUCAGAAUGGCUUUCAAGUCCUUGAUGUGGAAGAUGCUUCUAAUUUUACUGAACUGGUUUCCAAGCGUGAUGGUCCAGUUUCAUUUUUACAGAUGCAACCUUUCCCUACGAAGUCUGAUGGCCAUGAAGGAUUCAGAUCAUCGCAUCCUCUGCUACUGGUUGUUGCGGUGGAUGAUUCUAACAAUUUGAAUGUGGGUCAAAAUCAUGGUCAUCUAGGUGGGCUAGGGAGAGAGAAUAAUACUGAGUCUCAAUCUGGAAACUAUAUUAAUACUCCAACAUCUGUUCGGUUUUACUCCCUUCGGUCUCACUGUUAUGUGCAUGUUUUGAGAUUUCGCUCAGCUGUGCAUAUGGUUCGGUGCAGCCCUCGGAUUGUUGCUGUGGGCCUUGCAACUCAAAUAUAUUGCAUUGAUGCUCUCACCCUUGAGAGUAAAUUCAGUGUUCUUACCUAUCCUGUUCCCCAGUUGGCUGGACAAGGAACGGUAGGAAUCAAUAUAGGUUAUGGUCCGAUGGCUGUGGGAUCAAGAUGGUUAGCUUAUGCUUCAAACAAUCCACUGGUAUCAAACACCAGUCGCUUAAGUCCACAAAACCUUACUCCAUCUCCAGGUGUUAGUCCAUCAACAUCACCAGGUGGUAGUAGUCUGGUCGCUCGUUAUGCAAUGGAAUCUAGUAAGCAACUGGCUGCUGGAAUAAUCAACCUUAGUGACAUGGGAUACAGAACAUUGUCUAAAUACUAUCAGGAGCUGCUUCCUGACGGGUCUAAUUCUCCGGUUUCAUCAAAUUCUGGUUGGAAAGUUGGUAGGCUUGCAGGAUCGGAUAUGGAUAAUGCAGGGAUGGUUGUAGUCAAGGAUUUUGUAUCCCGAGCUGUUAUAUCACAAUUUAAAGCGCAUACCAGUCCGAUAUCUGCACUAAGUUUUGAUCCUAGUAUGACCUUGCUUGUUACUGCUUCAAUUUAUGGGAAUAACAUAAAUAUCUUCCGAAUUAUGCCAUCCUGCUCUCGUAGUGGAUCAGGUGUUAAAGUCUAUGAUUGGAACUCCUCUCAUGUGCAUCUUUACAAGCUACACCGGGGAAUAACAUCAGCUAUGAUCCAGGAUAUAUGCUUUAGCCACUAUAGUCAGUGGAUUGCAAUUGUUUCAUCCAAGGGGACUUGUCAUGUCUUCACUCUAUCUCCUUUUGGCGGUGAUUCUGGGUUUCAGUCUCUUAAUUCUAUGGAUGAGGAGCCCUCCCUGUAUCCAGUUUUGUCUCUACCAUGGUGGUCCUCCUCAUCUUGCAUGAUUAAUCAACAUUCUUUCCCACCCCCAUCACCUGUCUCACUCUCUGUAGUGAGCAGAAUAAAAUAUAGUAGUUUCGGGUGGCUUAAUACAGUUGGCAGUGCCACUGGCUCUGCAACAGGAAAGGUUUUUGUUCCAUCUGGUGCAGUUGCUGCUAUUUUCCAUAAUUCUAUAUCUCAGAGCAUGAGGGCCAAUUCCUUGGAGCAUUUGUUAGUUUACACUCCAUCAGGUCAUGUUGUUCAGCAUGAGCUCCUUCCAUCUGUUAGACCAGAGCCUGGUGAAAGUGGCUCAAGAACCCACCCAGCUUCACUUGUACAUAUACAAGAUGAUGACUUAAAAGUUAGAGUUGAACCAGUUCAAUGGUGGGAUGUAUGUAGAAGAUCAGAUUGGUCAGAAAGAGAGGAAUGCAUUUUUGGGAGUACUGGUGGACAGGAUGUUGCUGAAAUUAUUCAAAAGACACCAGUUUCUCUGGAUAACCUUAACAUGGAAUUUCUGGACAUUAGUGAUGAUGUCAGUGAAAAGAAAUCAACAAAAAGUUGUUCUGUAAAACCUCAUGAGAGAUCCCACUGGUACCUUUCUAAUGCAGAGGUGCAUAUAAGCUCUUUGAGUUUACCAAUAUGGCAAAAAUCCAAGAUUUGCUUCUAUGUGAUGGAUUCUCCAAGAGUUAAUAGUUAUGGUGAUGGAGAGUUUGAAAUUGAAAAGAUUCCCAUCCAUGAAGUUGAAUUAAAGCAAAAGGAAUUACUGCCAGUUUUUGAUCAUUUUCAUAGCAUCAAAUCAGGAUGGAAUGACAGAGGCCUCGCUGUGGCAAGAUACAACCAUUCACCGUCAUCAGAGCCACAUCAAGUAGAGGGCAAGGUCAUGCAGGAGACUGUUAUUUGUCACUCAAAGCCAGCAUCACUGAGCUCAACAGAAAGUUCAGAAUGUGGGUCAUCAAGAAGAAUUGAGCAUCUGCUGGAUUUGGAUCAAAUAAAUUAUGAGAAACCUUACAUUGCCACUUGUCAGAAUCUGAAUGAUUACUAUCAGGAAAAAAAAGGUGGUACCAUUAUCAGGUCUGGCGAACUGAAUAAGAAUUCCUUAACCAUUGUAUCUCUUCCACCUGAGCACCCAAAGAAUAUCGAUGCUCAUGGCAUCAAUUGUAUUGGAAAUAGUUUGUCUUUGUCAGAAAAUUACUUGCCUCCUGCAGGAGGAAUAUUUAUCGGAACUUCUCCAACUCUGGAGACCAAUGGGAAUGGUGAUCUUUCGGCAUUAAAUGCUGGUGAUUAUGAUGCACAUAUCCUUGUGGAAGGCUCCACUAUUCCAACGGGGAAGCCAUUAGAUUUUGGGCUGUCUUUCCAGGAGGGUCACUGUAAGACAUUGAACCUUGAUGAAUGCGACAGGUCAACUGAGGGGGUAACUGAUGAUGUGGACAGCAGUGGUGGCCACUGUGAAAAGGAAAAGCCUGAAGAGGAUGGAGAGAACGAUGAAUUUCUCGGUGGCAUGUUCACAUUUUUUGAAGAAGGUUGAUCUUAACCCUGUACUGAGUGAAAAUUCCAAGCAAGUCGCAGCAGCAAUUAAAAUGUUACGGAAAAGCUUGGUGUUAUUUCAUGGAAGAUGUUACCUCUUGGCGAUGAAGGUGAGGGGGAUGGCCAUUCAAUACGGUGCUUGCCAGUGUAUUUAAUCUUCUCUCUCUCUCUCUCUCUCUCUCUCUCUCUGGUGUACAUUCUGUAGAUGAAAAUUAUUAAAAUCGUGGAGGAUGCUAUAUCUUCCUGUUAAUACUGUGUGUAUAUAUGAAGUGGGUGUGAACAGAGUUCUCUCCAAGCUGUAUAACUCUGUAAAUUUUUUUAAUUGUUAAUUUCAAGAAAGGGAUGCGUUUUGUUCAAAA